AUGGAAAAGAAAAGAAAAAGAACCGAUGAAGAAAUCCGCCGAAAAAUUCAAAAAUUGGAGGCUAAAUUGGCGAAAACGACGAGUGAACAUCAAAAUUCGGAGUCUUCUUUAGAAAACUUUAACAACUCCCCGCCUGAAACACCUUAUACGGAAUUGUUGCCGUAUUAUUGCGAGACCGACCUGGGCACAAAACAACUCAUGGAAUCAUCACAACGGGAGCUCUCACCGUGUCCUACUGCGCAGCCAUGUUCACUACAGCCGCAGUCACCAUCUGGUGAAGCAUUGAAAAAUGCCCCUAAGCCAAGAUUUCAGCGGCCAAACGUACCACCAACAGGCGCGAAUAAGGGUCAUUUAAACUUCGUGCCUCAACAUCGCAAGACAGACACAAAACCUGUGAACAAUCGGCGAGCAACCAACUUCUCACAGAAGCAGCCAUACACCACCAAUGCGCGUCGCCACAACGACCGCGAUCGCCCAUCGACGUCGAGGACAGCACCUCAUCCCCGGAGAUAA